AUGUCGGACCAACUUCAAGAGUUUAUGGAUAUCCCAAGGGAUUUUAUCAAGGAUGGAACCCAAUUUAUCAACAGAUGCACAAAGCCUGAUCGAAGAGAAUUUAUCAAGAUCUCCCAAGCCGUCGGUGUUGGAUUCAUCGCUAUGGGUGUCAUCGGAUAUGUUAUUAAGCUCAUACAUAUUCCAGUCAACAAUAUUCUAGUGGGAGGCGCAUGA